CCUCUAUUAUAAAACGCAGAGCAAUCAACGUUUCGGGUCAUCAAAAUUUUUCACAAAAAGUCCAACUCUGCAAAACAGUUCAAGCCAAACUAACCCAUUUCCUCUCUUCAAUCCAUCAAUGGCGUCAAGGAUGACCAGCUUCCAGUCCAAACCCAACUACCUGUUCCCGACUCACAACCCGAUUCGCAACUCCGACGGAGUCUUCGAGUUCGACGAGGCCGAGUUGUGGGUCAAUCCAUCCAACGGUUCAAACCAGCCGGCCGAGUCCAAGAAGAUGAUGUCCACCAUACCCAGAGAGCCUAGGAGGAAGACGAUGGCCGAUCAGAAAGGCACUGACACCGUGACUUCAGCGUCUUUGCCGGUCAACAUUCCGGACUGGUCAAAGAUUCUGAAAGAACAGAGGAAGCAGAGAGACGUGAGCGAUGAAGAUGUGGAUAAUGACUACGAGAAUGGUGACGAAGUCGAGAGGGUUCCGCCUCAUGAGUACUUGGCCAGGAACAGAGGGGCUUCGUUUUCUGUGCACGAAGGGAUUGGGAGGACUUUGAAGGGGAGAGACUUGAGGCGCGUGAGGAAUGCGAUUUGGAAGCAGGUCGGGUUUGAAGACUGAUCGAAACAGAGGAAGGUAACAAAAAAAACAGAGAGCUGGGUUAUUGGAUAUUUUUUGUAGGGAAUUAAAACUAGGUCAAUGACUAUGAUCUUGGUGGGUGGUGUUGUAACUUUUAAUUUAACCCUUGCGGUUUGGUAAUUAUUUGUUUCUUCGUUUGGUUAAGUUUGAUUUUCAAGUCUUCUGGGUUUUGUGUUGGGUGCCUGUGUUUUAUAAGAGGACCUGAUCGAUCAUGAAUCAUGAUGCAUGUAAAACUCUGACAGCUUUGAGUUUGUACUUUGUAGUAACCAAGCCAACAAUGUUAAUGAUCAUUUUGGUAUGUGAAGAUAUAUGAUGACAUUUUCUGUUGUUUCUUUC